CCUUUGGGAAGCCCGCGGGAGUCCGGUGAUGUCCGUCAUGCUUCACGCUGCAUGCACCGGACUGAAUGUGGUGGACAGCCCCUAUUUCUCUGAUGGUGAGGGAACAGGUCAAGUCGCUUCCUACUACAAAUCAAAGAGCAAAGAAUCGGAGCCCCGACGCACGUGGAUCUCAGCCUCACGCCGGGCGCCAGCUGCGCCAGCUGCGCCAGUGGCCCUGGCGCCUGUGUCGGGGCGCAUUGCCGGCGCGGCGCCAGGCUACUACCGUUAUGUCUCAGAGGAUCUCGUCGAGGAGGAUCAGCAAGUGUCGCUACCUGUCAUGAGUCAAGAUGGUGGCUCUGAAGAAGAAUAUCAAGAAUAUUGGGCAUGGAAUUCCCUGAACAUCCGUUCUCUCAGUGAUGGCUGGAUUGAAAGAAUGGCCCAUCCGCAAGUGAAUUGUGAGCCAUACUGGUACCACGAAUCAAGAGGGAUAACAACCUAUCAGUGCCCAGCUACAGGGUCCACUGCGCAAGUGAGACCCGUUGACCUGAGCAGCGAUUUUUUUCAGGAUGGCCCAGUUUGGAACUACACACCUUUCGAAUUGAAAUCGAUCAUGCGGGAAGGUCAUGCAGAUGACUUUGGUUUUUCAGCGGAGGAGCUGGCACGAAGAGCAUGCUACGAGUUUGAAUCUUGGCUGCCACGAGUGUUGUCGUGGCAUGACUAUCAGUAUCGCUGCUUUUGGUUCUUCGGAGGGAAAGAUACCAGCGAGAAGAACAGGGAGUCUAGCGCUUCCAAGAGUUUCUUCAGCUCUGAUGCUGAGGCCAGCCGUCAGCUGUUCGCAGAUGACGAGUUCUUUGAAGCAUGUACACGGCUGUUGUGCACACGACUGGAGCGGAUGCAUCCCAUCAAUCUCACGUACUUUGUUUGGACCUAUGCGCGGGCAGGAGUGUAUCAUGAAGAACUGCUCAAUGCAGUUGCAGAUCAUUUCUGCAAGGGCUGGAUUCCAACUAUGGACCGCUGCUCUUUAGGCACAAUGGUGUGGAAUUUUUCCAAGCUGGAAUUUCGUCAUGACCAAUACUUCGAGCUUUCCGCACAGGAGCUCUACCGCCCGAAUCGUCUCCGAUCCUUGGCACCUCGCAAUUUUCAAAACAGUAUGAUUGCUUUCAGCAAGCGUAAGCACUGGAAUGCCAAAUUACUGGAAGCCUUUUGUCGGGGCAUCCCACGUUUGCUGGACAAUCACGAUCCGAAGUUCCCAAAGACCAACACAGAAGUCCUUUUCUCUUACACUUGCCGGGAUGGAAGUGAGGUGCCUGCGGACGCCUUCCGCAUUGGCUCGCUGACGGUCAUCACCAAAGCCUUUCACGAGCUCCGGGCUCGAGGUCCAGCAGUGGAAGAAUGCAUGAAGUCCAUGCUUGAGUAUGUGCGCCGCAGUGUGGAGCGAUCGCCUCCCAUGAUGCGAGAACCUGGGGAUGCUUCCAACUUUCUUCGGCAGCUAGGCUUCUAUGCCGGAGAAAGUGGCAUGGAUCUUUGCAGCAUGCUGCGGCAUAUUGACUUGAAGGAAAUGUGCAAAAAUGCUUCAGACCGGGUUGCUGGACAGAUGCAGGCCCAGAUGGCAAGAGCGAAUGUCAAAGUUGAACUAUGUAGAUCCCCAGGAUUCCCAGCACAGUGGUGGAAGCACUGGCGCUGGAUUGCCGGAUGAUCAGUGAAAUAGAGAGCAAAGGUGCUGAUGCAAGCUGUAAGCCUAGCCACCAGUGGCCAUAUUGGAAGAUUCGGCUCCACUUUAGAGACGUUCAGUUUGUGUAUUUUGGCUGGAGUCUUGUGGUCAGAUGUUGCAAAUAUGUUUACAAUCCAAUGGAACAAAACAGCGCAGUGAAGAGCAACUGGGCAAGCCAGCCGCGAAGGCCUCCCUUCGCAAAGCUGGAGUGGAGAUUUGAGGUUUGGGCGAACUUCGGCGAACGGGCCGAAUCGUGUACAAAGCAAGGUCGCUGCAGAUAGAACGUGCUGCGACCCUCGAUGAAUCAGUGAAAA